AUGGGAAUAAUAUUAGGUGACUUUCAGGCAAACUGUAUCCCGCAGACGCUGGCGGGUAAGGAUAUUUUAGGGUGUGCGAAGACGGGUACUGGUAAAACGUUAGCAUUCGCAUUGCCAAUACUCAAUCAAUUAGCCGUUGACCCGUACGGUAUUUAUGCGUUGGUUUUGACGCCAACACGGGAGUUGGCC